AUGGGAAGCUUUCACCCUGUUGGGGAGGAAGAUGCGGCGAUGAAUGCCCAGGACUCCCGGGCAUCCGAAGAUCAGGCCCAGGAGAUUACCACCGGGUACCGUUUUUCUGCCCCAACCCUGAUAGCUCGUGUGCCUUGCCCUCCUUCGCCGACGGAGGUGGCUUCAGAAGAUCAGUGGGGAACUUGGAAAGCCCCAACACCUGUGAAGGCCUCUGCUCCAUCGGUGGAAGUGGCGUCGGAGGGUCCGGUGCUACAUGUGCCAAAAAGGGACCCCUCGGAGGAGUGCCGAGGGCCGGAGACCGAAGCUGCUGGAAGUGGGGACACCUACAGUGUGGCCCAUUGGGAAAGGAUGCUUCGGAACCCGAGGAUCCAGUACUUCCUGAACUUCCAAGAGGAAGAUGGAGGACAUUUGGAGACUAUGAGUCGGGUCAUGAACGACCCCGCUUAUAUGGAAAAUUUGUCCGGAUUGAUGGAGAGCCCGGUUGUUGUCGGGAGACGAAUCCCGGCCUUGACCCGCUCGAGCCGGUUUUAUCCGGAAACCCCUGUGACAGGAGAAAGAGUUCCAGAGCAACGGUGGUUGAGACACCACAACCUGGGCUUCCCCGAGGUACCACCGAUGACUGUGAAGCUGCCAGAGAGUUUGCGAGAAAGGGGCGGGGAAUAUGGCGAAACUGUCAGGGACACGGUGUAUGUCUGCGACACUGCCAUGGAGACGACCGAGCAGCAGGAGGCGAACUUUGCUCGGAUUUACCGUCUUCAACAAGGAUAUUCCCUCGUCAACUAUGGCGUCAGCCAGGCCAUGGUGAUCAAGGCCAUCGAACUCGUUGGCAAAGGAGAGGAGUACAUCCACGACUCGGGUCUUUCCAGCAGCAUUGUGCUUGGCCUUCGACAUGUUCUUUCCACGAUCAAGGACUGGGAGAACGUGAAGGAAGGGGAUGCUGUGGAGGUCCGGGCUCGUGGUGGGAUUCAGGUGGAAUUGCCGGAGAGCGUCCUGGCAAAGGACUCUUGGCGCUGUUGGAAGGAGCUCGAAAAUGCCGCCGACUUUUACGCCGAGAUCUUUCUUGUAUCCAAGGAGGAGCGUUCCAUUCGAAAAGCCGGUGCGAAGACAAAGGCCGCGGCGAAAGCGGCUACCUCCUCUACCUCCGCCUUGGGGGAAGAAUCUUCAAGGGUCCGAGAAGAGGAGACCGAGAGUUCCUCCUCGACCUCGACCUUGGAGGAACCGGGCACCGAGUUUUUCGCGGAGGGGAUCAAGCGGGUAAAGGUCAAGCAGGGAGUCCUCGAGGAGUCCCGCCUGGCCCAGAUCUAUGCCGUGGAGCGUGGUUCGAUGCCUCCUCCGGAACCAAUGUGCCCUCCUCGGAGUCCACCUGUUCGUGUAAAGGCCUCUCCAACGACACAGGUGAAAGCCUCUCCAACUGCAGUUCCAGCGGUGGAAGAAGAUAUGGGAGUCGAGCCUCCCUCUCCUGCAUCGACUGUGGGGACGAUUGGGGAUGUAUGGUCGCUUCUGAAUGUGGCGCCCCUGCCGGGAGUACCGCCCCAUUUGCGGCUACCAAGGCCUCCUCCACCACUCGGCAAGGCCAGGGCCUCAGCAUCGGGAAGUUCAGCGGCGCCUGUGGAGACUCCAAACACGGAGCUUGGCCAGAAGCGACUUGCGCCCAAGCAAGGAGGCCUGGGGCAGACGGAUCAGGAGCGCCUAUUCUCUUUGGCUCCACCCUGA